UAAAACUGGAUAUUACAGAUUUCAAGUUUCAACUGUAACAUAUAAUAUCGUUUAGUACCGUCGUACCCAUUCCCCGCCGUAAAAUCAUAUUAAAUAAUUAUUAUUUAGAGAGAACUGUUUGUUAAUCGAUCCGGACGUGGCCACAACUGCUGGCGUAUAUGAAGUAGCCCAAUUCAUGACUCACGAACUGUGUCAUCAAUGGUUUGGUGAUUUCGUUACCAUGAAAUGGUGGACCGGCCUUUGGUUGAAUGAAGGAUUUACCGAGUAUGCAGCACAACGCGGAGUGGAUACCCUGUUCCCCGAUUCAAAAUAUUUCCAAGUCAAAAACGUUAAAAACUUUGUAGACGUUUUGGACCCCGAUUCGCUUCAAUCGGCACACCCGUUGUCGGUAGCCAUAGAAAAGCCCGAUGAAAUAGCACCAAUUUCGAUGGACCCGAUGACGUUCGCAAAGGGAGCAAUUUUGUUCCAUAUGAUGAACACGUUCCUUGGCGAGAAUACAUUCAAACAAGGCAUUAGAAACUACAUACACAAAUACAAAUUGUCCAAUGCCGAACCGGAUGAUUUGUGGAGCUCAUUGACGGAGGAAGCACACCGACAAGGAACUUUGGAGAAAAAUCUAACCGUGAAACAAAUAAUGGACACAUGGGCGUUGCAAACAGGUUAUCCCGUAUUGAAUGUCGUCCGGGAUUAUUCUGCGGACACGGUUACAUUGUCCCAGGAAAGGUAUCUAACUAUCAAAUCACACGGAACGGACAAUAAAACCUGUUGGUGGAUACCAAUCACUAUGACAACUUCUGGGGACUUUAACCAGACAAAUGCGACAUUCUGGUUGAAUUGUGAAAACAACAACCUCACUACGCCAUUGGCCAAAGACAACGAGUGGGUCAUCUAUAACAUGCAGAUGACAGUUUUAUCAGAGUAUUUUACGAUACACGUAACUGGAUGGCUAUCAUUUGUACGCUAAACGAUCCCAUCCAAAUACGAAACUAUACACACGUAAAACCGAGUACAUCUGAUCUUUGAUUCGCUUAGCUUUUCACAAACCGGUCAAUUGGACUACGAAAUCACGUUCCAACUUUUGAAAUAUCUAAGACAUGAAAUAGAGUAUACACCGUGGUUUGCUGCUAUCAGCGGUUUGAAAAAGAUUGAUGGUUUACUGAAAAGGACUCCGAAACAUGCAGUGUUCCAAGUUAGUUUAAAAGGCAUUUCUUAUUUUAUUAUUAAUUACAAACGUCUAGGACUUCUAACGAUGAGCUAUUAAUUUAUCCACGAAUAACACAGUUUUAACUUAUAGUAAACGUACAAA